UAUUGUUUCUUUAUAUGCCAUUAGUUACAUUCUAUAAUGUAAGCAGAUAAGUCCGUCGGCGAGCAGUGUAAAUAUGACAGUUAAAUGCGCUGCGCUUAACUGUCGGUCGGGUUAUAAGAACAAGAAGAGAGAUGCCGUGCUGUAUAAAGAAGGUGAGACGAGCGAGAGAACGACAUUUAAAAAAUGUGUAUUCAGAUUUCCCAGAAACAAAACCGUUCGCGAUCUCUGGCUGAAGGCACUGGGCAGGACAGAUUUUGAUGCUACCCAAACAGGCGUAUGUGAAAAACAUUUUAAGGCCAGUGAUCUUCGACGGGCCGAAAAGGAUGACAACGGAAAGAUAAAACGUACUCGUCUGCAACCCAACGCGGUGCCUUCUAUCUUCGACGGUCAUGUAGACUCGGACACCGGACCACCGGACCCUGCGAGACCGACAAAGCUCGCAUCCUCGUCUGCUCGCCAGUCACGCGAUAAUAAGCGUCUGGAAGACCUCUUGACUGCAUUCCAGGAACACGACAGCCUAACUGAUUUGUCAGACUUGCAGCACAAACUACAAAGCGAGAGACUGCCAUCUGGAUUCAGACCUGUGCUCAUGGAUCUUGACAGCAAGCCACUGCUCAGCAUCCGUGCUGAAGAAGUCGACGCCGAAACCGGAUUGCCAACGAUAGUCCAUAACGUGUCGGUUUACGAAGACAUGUCUUUCAAGAUCCACCACCAAGGUGUUUUGCUGUCCACGGAUACUAUGCUGGACAUUGUACCGUCUACGAAGUUGUCAACAACAAGUCAAGUGCUAAAUGUGCUUGCCCGUCUGAGAACGCUGACUGCUGACGCUGCUUCACGUCUUCAGGCGGCAGCACGAAUGCUCGAGGAGGUGUGCAGUGAUCCCAGCAGUGAUGAAGCUCUUCGGCCACUGGUGUCAUUCACAGCGGAGCAGCUGCGACUGGUCACCAAGAAGGCAAACGGUAGAAGGUACUCGUCUGACCUUCUCUGCAACGCAGUUGUCUGGGACAGACUGAGUCCCAGACUGUACAGCCAGCUUCAGACGUCUGCAAUGUUUUGCCUGCCUAGCUCAAAGACUGUCCGUCGACUAACUUCGGCUCUUCAGAUGGGCAUUGGUCUUGACGACGCGACUAUGACCUACUUGGGCAUGCGUAUAGAGGCGCUCGAACCACGAGAUCGGCUGGUGAACCUUUCAAUGGACGAAGUGUACACAGCUCAAUCCGUUGAAAUGGCAGGAGGCAGAGUGUACGGAAUGGGUGAUACGGCUGAAGAUGUCACCAAAACACUCUUCUGCACCCACAUCAGCUCCGUGGCCGGGAGCUACAAAGACAUGGUCAGCAUGACACCAGUGUCACACGUCUCAAAGAACCAGGUCAAAGACACUUUUGACAAGGUUCUUAAGGGUCUCACGGACGUGGGUUUUAAGGUGGUGUCAGUAACAACCGACAACCAUCGAGUGAAUCAGGCCUUUCACAAGUCCCUCGGCACAGGUGGCGACCAUCCAGAGUUCAUCAUCAACCCAUUCACAGCAACAGAAGAACGCAUUUUCACGAUGUAUGAUACCGUGCAUCUAUUCAAGAACAUCUACUACGGACUUAUGAAGCAGAGGUCGCUGAGCUGUCCUCCUUUCACCGACUCUAAGGCACAACAUCCACUGGCAGUGGAUUUCAAUCAUCUGGAGCUAGUGUUCAACAUGGAGCGCGGAAACCCAGCCAAAUUGGCACAUAAACUCACCGACAAGGUCCUGCACCCAUCGUGCCUUGAAAAGGUGAAUGUCAAGCUGGCUGCUGCGGCAACUCACGAGUCGACAUCCGCUGCACUCCGCCACUUUGCAGAGCAUCAGCCGAAGUUCGCAAGCUUCAAGGACACCGCCGAGUUCUUGGAGCUCGUGCGUCGAUGGUUUAACAUCUGUAACGUAAAGUCGCCGCACAUGGCAAGCAGGCUGAAUGACGACAACCGUGUGCCGUUACGCAAGAACUGCGAGAAGAGCGCAAACUCACUCCAGUUUCUGGUAGACUUCGGUACGUUCAUGCGCGACUGGGUGCAAAGUGAUUGCCCUGUGACAGCCAAACUGUCGAAGGACACGGGCAUGGCAGUGUACUACACCUGCAGAGGUCUGCACGGUCUCGCCAACCAUCUCCUGGAGCGCUACCCAGACGUCGUCCAGUACGUGCUCCUCGGCAAAGUCCAGUCGGACGCCAUCGAAGGACAUUUUGGCCAUUUGAGAAAACUGGCUGGGAGCAACUACUGGGCCAGUGUACGUCAGUUCAUGGAGGGCGAAACGGUCAUCCGCGUCAGCAGUCUUAUCUGGUGGUCUGGAGUAAAGGUCUCCGAACUACCGACCAGAAUGGCACUUUCACAGAAGACCAGAGCCCAAGGUGACUCAGCAGCCGUACUCAAGCUGAGAGAAGCUGUCGAAGAAUCAGAAGACGCUGAACAAGACCAGCCGUCUGAUUCAGAAAAGGCAGCACUGGGGCAUAUCGCCGGAUACCUGGCUCGGUCAGCAACAAAAAACGGGCAGUGCAAGGAGUGCUCCGACGUUCUGGUCUCAAGAGAGCAUGGUAGCAUACCCAUUCAAGUGAACGAUGAGGACCAGGAGGACAGCAUCGUCCAGUCUUUCACGAAGAUAUUGGAUCGAGGGCGACUCAUCGUGCCGUCCUCGCUCGCCAUAGAAACCACGAUGCUUAUCCUUAGAAUCUGGAAAGAACUCGUGCGAAAAGAGGCCUCAAAAAGACUUCUUUUUGAAUGCUUUAGUCCUAGAGAGGCAUUUGUCGACGUGGUAAAAGCAGUCACGACACGAAGCUCCAUCGUCAGAGAUACAAGCUGCCCCAAGGGGCAUGGAUUCGCCCAAAGCUUGGAACGUAUGUCAAGGGCCUUGUUUAACCUGUUUGCAGGCAACAUGGUGAGGGACAUCAACAGCGCGAUCCAUGCCAAACGUGGAAACUGUGCAGCGAAGAAAGCAACAGACGAUAAGAGGCGUAAGCUAUCCGGCAUCAAGAAGAGCUAGAGCCUAGAGGUACUAGCACACACACGAAGAGGCGUGUGCGAUCUCGCACAUGUUGUCGAGAACUCAACUGAACUGUGGUAGUGCUUUCGUGCCUCGCCCUUUACCUUUCCGGGCUAACCUCUGGAGAUAGCCUACGGACUCCCAUGGACUGUGGAAACUGUCAUACGGCGCCGUCCCAGUCUGGCCGACCGGGCGUACCGUAGUCCCACAUGCGUGAGCGUGAGGAGUGUGGUGAUCCACAAUUGUGUUAAGUGCUCUUAUGCCGUUGUUUUUUUUUAUACAUAGGCUUAGUUUGUACAAGACGCUCGGUUGGAUGGGCAUGGAUGGGCAUUCUUACUUCUACCUCGGCUGGAUGGGCAUUCUUACUUUUCCUCGGGCUUGGGGUGGUCAUCUAAAAAACUCUUGCCUGUUUUGGUCAAGCAGGCCAAAACGACUUUUAUUUAUGUGUUGUGCUCCGUGCUCAUACUGCGAUGAAAUGUGCUUUUCAGUGACAUGUAUGUGGAAACCAGUUAUAUUUGGUGAUUUUCGAAGAAAUAUAAAUAAGGUGUGCAUGUGCGCACGUGCAUUACUUUACCUUCGUCGACUGAGAAAAAUUCAUACACGGUCAGCAUCCAGCCACACAACAAAA